CCACAGAGCUCGGUGCUGCCGCAGCUCCGGUAUCCAUCGCAGAUCUGAGGGCACGCAGCGAGGCCGUGGUGUGCGGCAUUUGCAUGGAGCGGGUCUACGAGAAGGCACUGCCGGAGGAGCGGCUCUUUGGGAUCCUCCCCAACUGCAGCCACACUUUCUGUCUGGGCUGCAUCCGCACGUGGAGACGCAGCCGGGACUUCCCAAACACGGUCAGCAAAGCCUGCCCAGAGUGCCGGCUCACCUCCACCUACUACAUCCCCCACAAGUUCUGGCUCUCAGAUGGAGACGAGAAGCAGCAGCUCAUCGAAAGCUUCAAGGCACGGACAGGGCAAAUCAGGUGCAAAUUCUUCACCCGGAACCACGGCCGCUGCCCUUUUGGCUCUGACUGCAUCUACCUGCACGAGCUGCCCGGUGGGCGAACAGCACUGCGGCACAGCCGGCAGCGCCUGAGGAUGCGUGCAGAGCGCAGCCCCUCUCCCUUGGAAAGUUCUGAUGAGGAAGAAGAUGAAUUCUACCUGCUUGAAUGGGCUGUCACCAGCGCUCUGCUGGAGCUGGAGUUGCUGUACACAAGUUAUAGCCAUGGGAUGCUCUUUGAGGACAUCAGUGAUUCAGACUGAACCCUGGGUACUCGCUGGGUGCUCUUGGCUUCAAGGAAGCAUCUUCUGGGAAUGGAAUAAUCCACUUUUAAUGCUUUGAGCUGCUCCUGGCUUUGGUGUGGGGGGAGGGAGGAUAGCUGUGGGGUGGGGAAUGGGACGGUCCGGCUGCUGCGAGCCUGGCUGGAGCCCGUGGAGCCGGGUGAUGAGGUGGGGAGUGUGGGGCAACGGGGUUCAGCCCCUCCUGUUGCACCUCUGGGAGACUGCAGGAGCCGGGAUGGGGAGGGAGGUUUUAAGGCACAGAGUGCUGAGAGGAACGGGGAGCCGGGCUGCCCUGGGGCGCGGUUUUAAACUGUUUUUAGCGAAAUCUAGGAACGACGAAAUAAAGCACAGCGCUGACGCUGCCUUCAGCCCUCCCGUCCGAGCGGCUCGGCGCGUUCGCCUUUAAGGGCUCCUUUGCACUCGGCACGUGGGAUCAUUUGCAUACAGCGCGCGCUUUUGGGUUUUUUUGCCGCGCCGGGUGCGGAAGUGGCGCGCGUGGCUCCGAGCGCCUCAUCGCCCCCAGCACGGGAGGGGAGCAGCGCUCUGCGCUCCGCCUGGAGCUGCGGCUGUCGCCGGAGAGCGGCGUGUGGAGGUGCCCCAUAGCGCUGCCCCAUAGCGCUGCCGUGAGCCUCGGCCGGGUAACGCGGCCUUCCUGGGGGUCCUCCCCAUAGCCCUGCCCCCCACACACCCACACCCAGAGCCGCGGGGCUCUGGGAGCAUCCAGCGGGUCACUGCAGGCGCUGCUCCGCUCCCUGUUUCCCUGCGGGCAGAUGGAGCUUCCCUGGCUGCAGCUGCUUGCCAAGCCCUGCCGCCUGCUGCUGCACGCUCUCUCCUCCGGCCCCGCUGGGACGCUGGCUGCUCUCCGUGCGCUGCAGCGGCUGCAGGCCCAGGAAGGACCGGGACACGCGUUCCCCUGGCGGAGCUUUGUGAGCGCGCUGUGUGCGGAGGAGCCCACGCUGGACGGGCCGGAUGGAGCCCUGGCUGUCAAACCACGGUUGCUGCUGCUCCCCAUCCUGUGCCAGAGGAACCUCUUCUCCCUGCUGCAUGCAGUAGCAGCGAUGGUGCCCACGGACUGCCUCCACCAGCUGCUGCAUGCUGCAGGGCAGGACCCCCAGCCGGACCCCUGGGUGCACGCACUGGGGGUGCUGCUGCUGCGGGGAGAGGAGCGUUCCUCCCCACCUCCCCCUGCCCUGACGGCUUCCUGCCAGCAGCAGCUCAAGUGUCUGUGCCAGAAAAUUGCCCAGAGCAAAGCGGAGGGGAGGAGGAAACUGAAGUGGUGCUUCCCCAAACAGGAUGGGGAUGCGGCUGGUUCUGUGCAUCCAGGGGGGAAGCGCAAGAAGGCGCUGGAGGAAAGCCUGGAGCUGAGUGAGGAGAGGGAGGAGAAGAGGCCACUGCUGGAGGAUGCGGUGUUUGAGCUGCCGGGAGGGCUGGAUGGCACAGCUGGGGUGGGAGAAGAGGUGCCUGGGGAGACACUGGGGAAUGGAUCCGCACAGAGCCCAGCUGGGGCUGCCUUGGAAAGCCCCCAGCAGGAUGCAGACGAGGAGCCCAGGAGGAUUUCGGGGCUGGAGGUUGCAGCAGAGGUCCAGUCCUUUAUCCAGAUGCAUGGACCAAGGCUGAAAAUGCUACUGCUGCAAGAAGCCAAUCGCACAGAGCUGAGCAUCCCACCUGAGCUGCACAUCCUCAACAGCUGCUCUCCGAGCCAGCUCGAGGGGCUGUGCUCCUUCCUCCAGCUCUCCACGUGCCCAGAGCAGCUCUUGGUGCAGUUCUGCAGCUGGUUGCUGGCUCUCACACCUGACCUCAGCUAUGCCAGUGCAGCUGUUCUGGUUGAGCAGCUCUUCCUCACACGAGUCCUGUCCCUCACACAGCUGCCCUCCCGCCACCUCAUGGCUGCUCUCACCUCGUUCUGCUCCAAGUAUUCAGAGCCCUUCUGUCAGGUCCUGGUGGCUCACAUCCUGCAGGAGCCAGGGCAAGGUGCAGAGCAGAUCAAGUUGGUGUGUGACCUUGUAGAGGAGUGCCUGGAGCCUGACUACGUGAGAAUGGUGUUGGGCCAGGUGCUGGCAGUCCCUCUGACCGAGAAGCUGCUGCCGGUGGUGCUGGCGGUGCUGGGCAGACAGGAGCCGCUGCCCUCCGAGCUCUUUGACCUCCUGGUGCUCACCCUGUGCCAGCAGGCUCCAGCCUUUGCCACAUCGCUGAGCUACGCCAAGCUGGUGAUGGCUGUGCUGACCACGUACAGCAGCCAGCUCAGCCCGUCCCACCGCAGCCGUCUGGCAGCAGCUCUGGAUGGCAGCAACGCAGCCCUGAGGAGAUCGGUGCAGGCGGUGCUGGGCAGGUGAGCAGUGAGGAGCAGUUGGAGGCUUCCAUGGAUGGAGGGGAGGAUGGCUGUGUGUGGCUCACCAGCAUGAUGGGGACACAAUGCGUGGCAAUAAAAGCCAGGGAGGGCUGUGGGUGUGUGGGAGCUGGGCUGUGGCUGCACAGCGCCCUCCCAGUGGGUGCUCAGAGCUGUGUAGAUAGAGAUUUCCUCAGAUAAAAACUUCCAACUUGC